UUGCCGUCCACCAUGCACAUCAAGCUGCCCUUCAAGCGCCAGCCGCGCAUCGUCGGCGGGCCGGGCCUCGCCGUGCUCACGGACCCGGACCUCUUCACCCUCGUGGCCUCGUACCAAGACGGGCUGCCCAACUCGCUCGUCCACGAGUUCCGGCGCUACAACGAGCGCCUCGAGCGGCUCUUCUACAAGUCGCAGCCAAACCUGCGCGCGCGCACGUCACCCGCGCUCUUCCGCGGCUACGUGCUCGUCAAGCUUCUCAAAGAAGGCGACGUUGACUUUGCACUGCAGCUGCUUCGAAUGUGCCCAACGAACGCGCUUCUCCUCAUUCCGCACCGCGGCGUCAAGUACCCCGUCACGAUGGACCACGCGGUGCGGGCGCGGAGCCUCCCGCUGCUCGCGUCGCUCCACGAACGCGAGCUCGGUACGUGCACGCGCGAUGCGAUGGACAUUGCAGCGGCCAACGGCGACCUCGAGAUCGUUCAGUUCCUGCACGAGCACCGCAGCGAAGGCUGUUCGUCGGACGCAUUUCUGUUUGCGGCCAAGCGCGGGCAUACGGACGUCGUGACCUUCCUCCGCGAGUAUCGACCGGCAGACGAAGAUGUGAUGCCGCUUCAGCCCCAUGGCCGCGCGAUCACGGGCAAGGACGCUUCCAAGGCGGACUGCGUCGUGCAGUAAGCGACGCGUGUUUGACAGCGAUCAAAGGUGUCGCCACGUCGUCGCUGCAGAGCGCACCGAGCAUUUGUCGAGGUGCCUAUGCAAAAGCGCGAGACUGCGAGAUAGGACAUGGGCGCGGAUAGAGUAACAUUGAAGCAAACCAGUACAAUUUAUAUAUGUAAGCAG